CAGUUAUAUCUGAACUAAUUACUACAAAGCAUAUUUUUUGUCAUAAUAAGGAUUCAGUUUGAUCUAUUGUGUGCUUUUCAGUUUUUAAAGGUAUUUUCUUCGAGAUCAUGCCAGAGGGGAAUCAAAGCAGAGUAACUGAAUUCAUAUUAACUGGAUUUCCUGGACUCCAUCCACAAUAUUACGGUCUCACUUCUGCUGUAUUAUUUUUAGUCUAUGUGGUAACUGUGAAAGCAAAUGCUGCAGUUUUUUUCUUAUUUGCAUCCAACAAGAGUCUUCACAAACCGGUGUACUACAUCAUUUUAAAUGUGUCUGCCUGCGACCUUCUCUUUAGCACAACAACUUUACCUAAAAUCAUCAGCAGAUACUGGUUUCAAUCAGGGAGCAUUUCUUUUACUGCUUGUUUUGUCCAGAUGUACCUUGUUCACUAUUUGGGUUCAGUAAACUCUUUUAUAUUUUCACUGAUGGCUUUUGAUAGGUACUGUGCCGUCUGUCAUCCACUCCGAUAUACAGCUAUUGUUACAAAAUUCACAAUCCAUAUCCUCAGUGUGACUUCAUGGAUUAUUACUAUUCCAAUCCCUUUAAUGAUGGUGAUUAGAGCAUACCCUCUUCCUUACUGUGCAUCAAACAUAAUCAAUCACUGUUACUGUGAUCAUAUUGGAAUAACAGUUCUGGCCUGCACAGACAGAAACCUUUAUUCUUUUCCAGCUUUUGUGGGUGCAAUGAUUACACUGUUAGGACCUCUGACCUUUAUACUUUUCUCAUACUGCUCAAUAUUUAUAGAAAUAAGUAAGGUAACAAAUUUGGGAAACUUUGGAAAGUCUCUGUCAACAUGUAGUACCCAGCUGAUAAUAAUCUCACUUUACUAUGUACCUCGAUGUUUUGUGUAUUUUGCUAGUCAAGUGGGGAUUAAUUUUAGUGCUGGUCUACGAAUAGUAAUCAUAAUGCUUUAUAGCCUUGUCCCUCCAAUGAUAAACCCACUCAUAUAUUGCCUAAGAGCUAAAGACAUCAGAGAGUGUUUGAUGAAACAGUUCUACUUAGAAAAGUCCAGGUUUCAGCAAUUCACAUUGAACAGACCAGUGCAUUAAUUAUAAGUGGUAUCCUUAUCUUCGUUUAUUACAAUAUCAUGUUAAAAGCACCAUCUCAAUUAUCCAUGGAUUUAAAAAAAAUAAAUAAAAUGAGAACAAUAUCAGCAAACAGUGGCUUGUUUCGUAGUUUCUUUCCAGCAUGCUGAUUUGAUAGAUCGCAUUACUCACAUACUU